GAAUCGGUCAUGGGCGGGUCCAUCCGCCUCUAGGAGACAGAGCCAGAAACCCGAGCGCACCAGACUGAGUAACAACACAAACAUGGCGCCUGCUCGCUCCCGUACACACUAGAGCUGGACGGCAACAAAGUUUCCAGCGGCGAACGUAGUGCGCGCAUCGGACGUGCGUUUGAUUCUCGCUCGACGCGGGCUGACCUGCAACUUGCCUACAUGUCAACGCGUUUCCUGUAGAGGUCGGAACAACUGGCCCGCCCAGCCAUGAUUGAGGAUAAGAGUCACCGUGUGACGGACUACUUCGUUGUGGCCGGCCUGACGGACAAAUCCACACCUCUAGAGCAGGAUCUGUCCGAAGCCAAGUCCAGUGGGCCCAAGGCUCCCAUCACAGACCUAGCCAUCAUCAACAAGUCAGUGGGAGAAACCGUGCCCGAGGGCUUCACCUGUAUCGAGAGCACUCACACCGGCCAGCCUGCCAAUCUCAACCAUGGCAGCCUCAAGAGCCCUGAACUCUUCCUGUGUUACAAAAGGUGUCGCGGGAAGCCUCCGUUGAUUGACAUCGGAGUGCUGUAUGAGGGUAAAGAGCGUCUCAUUCAGGGUUGCGAGGUCAUCCAGGCCACACCGUUCGGCCGCUGCGCAAACGUCAACAACAGCUCGGCCGCUUCCCACCGGAUAUUCAUCACGAUCCGUCGAGCGCCGCCCGUCCAGCCUCAGAACUCACUGGCUGUCACAGACAUCUGCGUCAUCAUCACAAACAAGGGCGAAACUCCACCUCACACCUUCUGCAAGGUGGACAAGAACCUCAACUGUGGCAUGUGGGGAUCAAGUGUGUUUCUGUGCUACAAGAAGUCAGUCUCCGCCUCUAACUCCAUCGCCUAUAAGGCCGGUUUGAUAUUCCGCUAUCCAGAAGAAGACUAUGAGUCGUUUUCCCUCUCGGAAUCCGUGCCCCUCUUCUGUCUUCCUAUGGGGGCCAAAAUUGAGUGCUGGGCCCCUAACACACGUUACCCUUUACCUGUCUUCUCCACGUUUGUUUUGACCAACUCCAAUGGAGAGAAGGUUUAUGGAGCUGGGAUACAGUUCUAUGAGCCCUAUCCUGUGGAGGGUCUCAUUGAGAAACAGAAGAUCCAGCUGGGUCUGCUCACCGCUGUGGAGAAGAAGGUCAUACCCAACCUCACAGUCAACACCAACAAGUGCAUCUGCCUGCUGUCCCGUUGGCCUUUCUUCGAGUCUUUCAAAAAGUUCCUCAUGUUCCUGUACAAGCUUUCUGCCAAUGGAGUCAACCCACUGCCUAUUGAGAAACACAUAUCUCAUUUCAUGCACAACGUCUCCUUCCCGUCCCCUCAGAGACCCAGAAUACUGGUGCAGCUCUCAGCACAUGACACCCUAAUCCUGUCCCAGCCUGUCUGUACACCUUUGCCACUAAGCGGUGCGGAUUACAGCACUCUGCUCAUGAAUCUAGGACCAGAGAACUGUGCCACACUGCUGCACUUUGUGCUUCUGGAGAACAAGAUUCUGCUACACUCGCUCAGACCAGCCGUACUCACCGGAGUGGCUGAGGCCGUUGUGGCGAUGAUCUUUCCGUUCCAGUGGCAGUGUCCGUACAUCCCCCUGUGUCCUCUCUCUCUGGCGGGGGUCCUGAACGCACCGUGUCCAUUUAUCGUGGGUGUGGACUCCAGAUACUUUGACCUCUAUGAUCCCCCGAAUGACGUCGUCUGUGUGGACUUGGACACCAACACUAUAUACUUGUCUGAUGAGAAACGACACGGUAACUGGAAGAAUCUUCCAAAGAAGCCAUGCAAGAGUCUCAUCAGCUCUCUGGGGAACCUGCACCAACAACUUGCCACUGUUCGACGGGCGACGCUAGAAGUCUCGGCGGUGGAGAUGACCCCCAUCGAGGCGGACUUCACCUGGCAUAAGAAAAAAAACGAACUCGAGAUGGAGAUCCAGGAAGCGUUCCUGCGCUUCAUGGCCAUCAUACUAAAAGGCUACCGAAGCUACCUCAAACCCAUCACACAGGCACCUUCUGAGAAAGCAACCGCUGCAGACUCGCUCUACGACCUGCAAGGAUUCCUGAAGAGUAGAGACCGCGCUCACCAGAAAUUCUACUCUCAACUCACCAAGACUCAGAUCUUCAUCCGCUUCAUCGAGGAAUGCACAUUUGUCAGCGACAAAGACACCGGUCUGGCCUUCUUCGACGACUGCAUUGAAAAGCUUUUCCCUUCCGACAAAGGAGCGGACAAGGGCACAAAGGUGGAAGGUGAGUCUGCUGAGGACACUAGAUUGAUGGAACUGGAUGAGUCACAGAAAAGCGAGCAUACAGUCUUCGUCAUGCCACCCGAACCUCCUCUGGAGGACGGGCCAGACCCUCCUCCAAAAUACAGUUAUAAGACAUUCCCACGUUUACGGUUGGAGCUGUUUGACCGUCCUCGAGAGCUGAAGCCAGCGUUGAGCACCAGAACCGCAGGAGCAAGUGUGUCUAGUAGCCCCGCCCUGCUGGCCAAGAGAACCAAACAGGAAAUCAAAAUGGCCUACAAGUUGGCAAAGCGUUUCUACUCCAAUCCAUCCCAGUGGGCAAAGUGUCUGUUCAGUCACUGCUACAGUCUGUGGUUCAUCUGUCUUCCUGCUGGCAUGCGCUCGGCCCAAUCCAAACCCCGCGCCAUGCAACAGGCUUUCAACGUCCUGCUCAAGAUGAGGAGCUCUGAGGUGGAGGUACUGGAUGAGGUGUGUUAUCGCGUGGUGAUGCAGUUGUGCGGUCUGUGGGAAAUGCCCGUCAUGGCUGUGCGUGUGUUAAUGGAGAUGAAGAAGGCUGGAGUUCAACCCAACGCAAUUACUUAUGGAUACUACAACAAGGCUGUUCUGGAAAGUCCUUGGCCGAGUCGCAACCGCAGCGGACAGUUUAUGUGGACCAAAAUGCGUAAUCUGGUGCGAGGAGUGGUGCAGUUUAAACAGGCCCUGCAUGGGACGGCCCUUCAUAAAGGACCUUCUCUGUUAACCCCAGAUGCAUCAGCAGGUACAGCAGCAGGUGCUGAUGGAGACAGACUCAGUCACUGCAGUGCCGACAGUUCCAAUGAGACUGAACAGAAGCUCGUCGCUCGCGGUCUUCUCAUUGAGAAAAUUACUGACAUUCUCUACAGUACAGGAGGUCAGUCUGAUCAGGGUUAUGGAUCUAAGGACGACCUGCCCCAGGACCCCACAGAUCCAUCUAUAAUCUCUCCUGCCCUGUCUGGUGACUUAACUAACAGCAACAAAGCUGCGAAGACCCAACAGGAUGGUGAUGAUUUGGCUAGUUCUUUGGAUAGUGUUGUGGCUGUGACCGAGCCCCCCAGCCCUGCUGACAUGGCGCCCCCUGUUGCCAGCAUUGUGAAACUUUCCACUGGAAGCUUGGACAGCAACGCAGGCAGAGAAACUGGUAAGCUCUUCAUGCCGCGUAUAAAGAGUGAAGACUUGACCAUGUCUGUGGAGACGGAUUCUGCAAACCUGGACUCUGUAAAGCAGCCCACAAAGCACCAGAGAGUAAAAGCCUUCGCCGAGCGCAGCUGCAGUUUCAGCGCCGAGAAUAAAGCCGGCAUGCUGCAAAAGAAAGGCAGUCUGGAGCUAAGCGUAGACAAUAUGGGUGCUGACGCAAAAAUCCUCGCCGCCGCGUUCCCUGGAAGUCUGACCCCUCCACCUUCUGCCACUACUCCUACGUUUAAGGAGUUUAAGUUGGACCCUAUACCGUGCCCUUCUCUCCAGGAGGAAGAACACGAAAAUAGGAAGGAGAGCGCUCCUGAAACACUGAGUUCAGAGAUACUUGAGGAGAAUAAUGACGCGACGCCUGAGGGAGUUGAGCGGAGCUUAAGCAGUGGCUCCGCCUCCUCUAAAGUCAUAGAGAGGGCGGAUGUCGAGGCGGGGGCGGACCCUCUCUCUCUCUUCGCCUCGGAAACUGAGGACGCGGCAUCUAUUCACAGCCAGGAGUCCACACGGGCCUUUCCGACUGUGGUGUCGAGGAAUCUCGCCAACGAGAUCGAGAUGUACAUGAGUCUCAAAAGCCCAAUGGGAGCCAAAUCCCCCAGCAUGGAGUUGCAACCAGAGGCCAACCGUGAUCCCAGCAGUCCGGAUUCUCCAGCGGUUAAAUCUUUGGAAAGGCGAUCGAGCCUUCCGGCUGGUCAAGUCAAAGCACCCACCGUCAUGGAGAAUCCCAAACGUAGCCCCGCCGUCACACGCUCGAAGACCUUCGCUAUCAAGUCAGGCAAGAUGCCAGGCUCUGGAGGUCAAAGGUCAGCAUCACUGACAGCUCUUGUGAAGUCUUCACCCAGCGCCUCGUUGGGUUCUAUGAUGAACAGUAUAUCGGGCAUCAAGAUGGACAACUUGCUGUCGGGUCCUAAAGUGGACCUGCUGAAGUCAAGCAUGAAGCAGGCGGCUAAUGUGGCCAGUAAGAUGUGGGACGCCGUGGCCUCUGCGUACUCGUACUCUGAUGAUGAGGAGGAGAACUCUCAGCCCAGAGACAGUUUCCCUGCUCGACUAGAAGAGCAGCUGUUGUCUGGAGAUGUGAGUGCAGACGGUUCUUUACCCAGAGGUCUGAUGCCCAGUCUGGCGUCAAACGGACUCACACGCAGUAACACAAGUCUGGGCAGCAGCAGCGGGAGCAGUGACGCCGGCCGUGUACACCAGCCAUCAUUUUUGACUCCUGGCCGAUCAAUGAGGAGCGGAGACUCGGAGAGGUCUGAACAUAGUUCCUCUCAUCAUGCCAGCACCUCCAGCAUUUACCAGAACUGUGCUUUAGAGGUUCUGAUGUCCAGCUGCUCUCAGUGCCGCUCCUGUGAAGCUCUGGUGUACGAUGAGGAGAUCAUGGCAGGUUGGACGGCAGACGACUCCAAUCUGAACUCCACUUGUCCGUUCUGUCAAAUCUCUUUUCUCCCUCUGCUCCACGUGGAGUUUCACGACCUGCGUGUCACGCCGGGCUUCUACUUGAAGAUCAGCUCAUCAGGAGACAGUAUUCACAGCUCCAGCACACAGCCGAUCACUUCUGGAUCCUCCGAGGUUAAAGUCAGCAGUCCUAGUGACCCUUCUGAGCUCACGAGUUUCCCAGAAUCCCCUGAGGACAGAGAGGGUCCUAUGGAGAUGCCCAUCUCUCAAAUUGGAACUCCGAAGAUCCUCGUACCGGAGCCGGUAAAUUCAGACCCGCUGGGUCUAAUGGAAAGACAAGACAAGCGUACCACCUCUUUAACCCGGAGUAACAGUGUGGGCGGCCCGCUGCAGAGUCUGACUCUGGACUCAACUCAGCGACCCAAUCACGGCAUUUCAACUAUCAGCCUGCCAAACAGUCUGCUGGAGGUGGCGGACACACUUGGUCAGAAACGGUCCAACCCAAAACCUGUUUCGGUGCCGUAUCUCAGUCCGCUGGUCCUGCGUAAAGAGCUGGAGUCACUGUUAGAGAACGAGGGUGAUCAGGUAAUCUAUACCCAGAAGUUCCUCAGUCAGCAUCCCAUCAUUUUCUGGAAUCUGGUGUGGUAUUUCCGUCGUCUGGAUCUACCCAGCAUUCUGCCAGGACUCAUCCUGACCUCUGAGCACUGCAACAAUGGAGUUCAGCUGCCGCAGACGUCUCUGUCUCAGGACAGUAAGCAGGUUUAUGUUCAGCUGCUGUGGGACAAUGUGAACUUACAUCAGGAGCCCACGGAGCCUCUCUAUCAGCUCUGGAGGACCUUCUUGCAACGAAGGGGAACCUUAGCCCCUACUGACCACCAGGAGACACGAACUCUGCUGAAUAGCAUUGUUCGUAGCAUCCAGACGAAUGACAUUUACGGCCCCAUCAACCUACUCCUCAGGGAGAUCAAGAAUCGGCCAGAUAUUAAACGACAGAGGAGUAUCUACAGGGAGAUUUUGUUUCUGUCCGUUGUUGCCUUGGGAAAGGAGAACAUUGACAUUGAGGCCUUUGACCGCGAGUACCGUCUUGCAUACGAUGAGCUGAGCCCAGAGCAACUCAAAGCUCUGUCCGCCAUCGACAGACCACCCAACAACAACAUGAAGUGGUGUCUGAAAUGCUUCGGAGCUCCAUUUAUCUGAUCUCAUCUCCAGGAGUACGAGUUAGAGAACAGUUAUUCCUUUUGUUUGCACCGUCACCCAAAAAUGGUACUUUUUGCUCAGCUAGCCGAAUAAAAAUGCAUUGGCUCCUUUACUCUGAGAGUGUCAUGGCGCCAGCUGUACAGUGAGUCGACGCAGCAUUUUCUUCAGAUGUCGAAGACUGCCUCUUGUUUGCGAGCCCUUUCCAGACUGCAGCGGAUGAACUCUAUGGAGGGCAGAUGAAUUUUCUCACUGUAAGACUUGUAAAGUUGCUCUACGUUUCUUACUUGCAGACCUGUGGAGGGAGUCUUGUAGAUAUGGAGAGACUGCGGUCUUACGCGACGUGCACUUUCGGAAAUGGUUGCUUUAUCAUUCUUCAAUGUUGUGUUGUGUUUUUAUAUAUAUAUUUUUCUAUAUUGGGAUAUUUGAACUCUGUUGCCUUUCUCAAAGUGAGGGAUCUUUGUUUAAAUGUCUGUGGAGUCUUAAACAUCAGGCCUGUUAAGGUUAAAGAGAGAAGUUCAUCUAAAAACAAAAAUGAUUUUAUUGUUUAUUCAUCCACAUGUCACUCCAAACCUGUAUGACUUUCUUAUGCGGAACACAAAGGAAGAUAUUUCGAAGAAUGUUGGUAACCAAACAUAAAACCACUAACACAUUUCUCAGAAUAUCUUCUUUUCUGUUCUGCAGAUGAAAGAGUCAUUUACAGAUUUAAUGAGACGUGAGUUUGAAUAAAAGCUGACCAAAUUUUUUUGGGGGGUAAACUGUCCCUUUAACGUGGGUCUUGAACGUCACAGUGUGAGGCGUGAGGAUUGCGUGUGAAUGUGCGUAUUUGCUAGAUCACCUUAAAAUGAAAUACUGUGACAGGAGACAAUCAGAUUAUUUCCAGAACAUUCCAGAAUGCAUCUAAUGUCUUAAAAAGAGGUUAAAUAAGUAUGAAUGAUGAUAUAGUGAUGAACAAUUGAGUGUUAAAAUACAUCCUUCGGAUCAAAAUGUUGGUAUUAGGCAAAAAAUUAUGAAAUACAAUUGAGGUGUGAAUUACGUCCUGGAGAAUCUGUUCAUACACACUCUUCAUCUUAAAUAUACAUGCUUGUGACAUUAUUUAAACGCACACGACUCUUGAACGUCAAUAAGGAAACGUCCAUAGAACCCCACAGGAUCAAGAAUGUGUCUCAACUUUUUUAACUUGCUUUUUAAUCGGGUAGAUGACUUUAGUCUUAGUACUAGUGUCCAUUAAUUGUCUGAGCCGAAAACUCUUAAACUCCACUUUCCAGUCCUGUUGUACAAGCAAAUCCAAAGGAUGUAUAAACCUUCCGGUGGCUGUCAUUAGUAAACAAAUCUCUAAAUAAAUCAAAAGAGUUAUCGUGUCUUAUCAAGUCUCGAGGUAGGAUAUGUAAAAUCAAGAUUUAUUUACUACUAAUAAAUUAACUUGAUGGAGUGCAAUUGGUCUCCCUUUAAUUUAUUUAUUUUAAUUCGUAGGCUUCCAUUUUGUUUUGUGGAAAAUGUCUUUGAUAGCUAUAGUAACGAUUUUGUGGAAUCGGAUAAGAUUCGGUGAACAUUUAUGUAACAUUAAUAUACGCUUUAAGUCCGCAAAUGUUGCGAUGCACAAUGGCUGAUUUUUCAUCGCUGCCCUAUUUCAAUUCCUUAGAAAAAUAUGUCACAACAUAAUAUGUGUUCAUCCCAGAAAUGACAGCAAAUCUGCAUCUAUAUGAUGAUAAAGAAAGGUUCACAUUUUUAUUUUGGAUCAAAUGGCCGCACAUAGUCAUAUCACGAUCUCUUGUUUCACGAUAGAUCACUUGCAUUGCAUCUCAACCUAGAAAAGUAAAACAUGUGGUCACAUCCAAAUUGACAAUUGUCUUGGAUGAAUUCUGCUGCUGCGGAGAGAUCUGACCCAUAAACAGCUGAUGUCAUUCUACAAUAACUGUUGUUUUAUCUUUUUACGUGCAGGUUACAGACAAAACGUUUCAAUAAGGGCCUCAAACUGGCCAACUAUAAAGUGAUGAGCUUCAUUCUUAUGCUAUCGUAGCAUUCCAACCUUGGAUAAUAUUGACAAUAAUACGGUUUAUAUUAACAGACCAUAAAUAUGUAGAAUUAGCUUGAACAUGGGAAAAUACUGACAAAAGCAAAUUACUGUUGUGAUGAUUGUCAACUGUGUACAUUGCAAAAGUGAUCUUCAUUUCUGUUGUGGUUAACAUCCGCUCGUUGUUAAUCGUGGCCACGUAAAAUUGUAUUAUUGUUGGCUCACCAAAACUACGUGUGAGGACAGCUUUGCAAAUACGAAGUAUACACCUGUAUAUGUAGACGGCACAGAUUAUGAAGAUGUUGAGAAUGGUUGAAAUGAUGCUGUUCUUCCUAAUCUGUGAUUUGUCAGAACAGAAUUCAGUCGCUGCAAUAAAUGCAUUUGGUCCUGAUUUAA